GCAUGGUUUAAUCAAUACACAAAAGAUAUGAUUAUUAAAUUAUUAACUGGAGAAAGAUCUUAUUCAAUGGCAGCUUAUUUUGAUACUCUCAGUGAUGAAAAAUCUGAUCACCCACCAGCAAUAGUCAAUGAUUCUGUAAAAUUAGUUCAUGCGCUUCGUAAACAUCUUUUGGGUUUUAUAAUAUUUGCAUUCGUACCUCCUUUCUUACGACAUUAUAUUCCAUUUUUUAAGAAUAAAGCAGAUGAUUUACUUCAAAACGUAAGAUUUAUUAAUGAAAGACUGGAUGAAAUUAUUAAGAGACGUAGACAAGCAAUUGAAAAUACAUCAUUGGAUAAACCUUUAACAAAUGAUAUGUUGACAUCGUUAAUUACUGCGAAUACACCUCGUGAUGUUAAUUAUACCAAAACUGUUGGCGGUGAAGCUUUGGAUAGACCUAUGACUGAUACUGAAAUUCGGGGUGUUAUUUUUGAUGGAUUUCUUGGUGGAACUGAUACAACAGCAAACACGAUUUCGUUCGUUAUAUACUAUAUUGCACAUAAUCCAGAUGUGAAAAAGAAAAUGAUAGAAGAAAUUGAUAGAAUAUUCCAAGGUGAUAAAACACGUCCAAUUACUGAAAAUGAUUUUCAAAAGUUAAAAUACUGUGAAGCAAUUGCAAAGGAAGUCUCUCGCGUUUUCACAGUUGUACCUACGAUUUUAAGAUCAAUCAAUAAACCUGAUGAAAUAGCAGGAUAUAAAUGGCCAGCCGGGACAAUGUUUCGAAUCAAUGCCGAUGCUAUUCAUUAUAAUAAAGACUAUUGGGAAGAUUCUGAUAAAUUUAAUCCUGAUAGAUGGCUGGUUGAAGGUUCUGAGUCAAAGAAACUUUCAUUUCUCAUGUUUGGUGGAGGAUUAAGAAUAUGCCCAGGAAGAAAAUUGGCAAUGAUUGAAUUAGUUUGUUUGAUUGCUUUAUUAUAUAGAAAAUACGAAAUUGAUCUAGUAGACAUGAAUGCUCCUUUAAAAGUUGUAAGUGGCGGUGUGACUGCUUGUACCGAAUUAUUAGUUGAAAUUAAACCAAGAAAUUGAUUCUUGUAAUUUAAUAUAAAGAUACGGUAAAUAAUUUUUUAAAAAUUUUGCUAUGUAAUCAAUAUUUUAUUAAAGUUCUUUAAAACAUUCCGCAGUAGUUUCAGGAAAAUGUAAUACUAAAAUUUUCCUGCUAAAAUUAAUUACCUUUACCGAGUUACUAUUUUGAUACCGAAAUUGACAAAGAUAAUAGUUUGAAAUUUAUUAUUAUUUAGUUUGUUUCUU